UCACAUCACCACGUCAUUUGGGUUGACAGAUUUUCUUACACCGAAAUUUCCAAUUUAUCCCAUAAUGUAGAUACAAUAUAACAUAGGACAGGAGUACACUCAUUAAUAUAGAGACCUCAAAUCAAAGUAAGAACACAACACAAAUAAUAAACGUAAAACAUAGAAAAAAUGGUUUCAGUUAUGAAAAGACCAAAAAAUGGAAUAUACAUCAUACAAGGAGAAAUAUCUUUGGUUGUCACUGCAAUGCGCAGAAGUGCCAGAUGGGGACAACACACUCAUCAGGAUGAAGAAGGAGAUCCUUUACUUAAAAGUUUUUCCAAGUUGAAAGAUUUGUUAAAUAGUGUAUCAGAUUUGGAAGAAAUUGAACCAAAUACAUUUCUGAGUCCAUUCUUGGAAGUGAUUCGGUCAGAGGAUACUACAGGACCAAUUACUGGACUGGCUUUAACCUCAGUGAAGAAGUUAAUUUCGUAUGGACUUCUGGAUCCAUCAACAGAUACAGCAGCUGCUGCCAUAGAGAACAUAGCUGAUGCUGUAACACAUGCCAGAUUUGUGGGCACAGAUCCUGGCUCAGAUGAAGUUGUCUUAAUGAAAAUUCUUUAUGUGCUUGGAGCCUUGUUGCUGUCUCCAGCAGGUGUACUGUUAACCAAUGAAUCGGUUUGUGAAAUCAUGCAGUCCUGUUUCAGAAUCUGUUUUGAGAUGAGACUUAGUGAGCUUUUACGUAAAUCAGCAGAACAUACACUGAUGGACAUGGUUCAGUUGUUAUUUACCAGACUGCCACAAUUUAAAGAAGAUCCUAAAUGGGUGGCUAAUAUGAAAAAGUUGAAAAUGAGGGCUGGUGGAGUGGAUCCAUCUAGAAUGGGUAGAAAGAAGAGAUCACCUAAACCAAGACCUAGCAGACAAAAGUAUAAUCAAGACAUUAGUACCUCUACUGGACCGUCAGAAACCAGUCACAACACACAGAAUACUGACGAGUCAGAGAAUGUAGACACCAGCAGUGGACCAAUAGAUGGUGUAGCUUAUGUUAAUGCCCCCAGGGAAAGACUUGCAACCACGCCUGCUACACCUGGGGAGGAUGGAGUCAUUGAUAUAUGUAAACAAUUUCAGGAGGCAGCUCAAAAGGAAAUAGUACAGAUGCAUAAUGCAAACCAGGAAGAGCCAGAGGAAAUCUCUACACAGGAGAGUUUAUUACAGGGGACAUCACUGGAGGAUAGUACUGAACAACCAGUACCUUCUGUACCUGUGGUAUUAUCAUUGCCUGAGGAAGAGGAUAUGAUGAGGAAAUCUUCGAGUGAGACAGAUCUGUACCAAGGAAAUGAGCGACUAGGUGUGUUACAGUCUGAGAUUUGUGAUGACUCUGAAUCUAUACACUCCACGACAGACAUGUCAGAGACAGCUUCACAAGAUGAUUUUAUUAAUUCACAAGGAGUUAGAUUUAUGCCACAUUCACAUAGUAAAGAAGGCUCAGGACCCCUUCUUCCAUAUGGUUUACCAUGUGUGAGGGAGUUAUUUAGGUUCCUGAUAUCCCUGACCAAUCCACUAGACAGACACAAUACAGAUGUAAUGAUACACAUGGGUCUCAGUCUACUGGCCGUGGCAUUCGAGUCUGGUGCUGAUCAUAUAGGACAGUAUGAAUCUCUACUCUUCUUAGUCAAAGAUGAAAUGUGUAGACAUCUAUUCCUAUUGUUACAGUCUGAGAGGUUGUCAUUGUUUUCUGCUUCCAUUAGAGUUUGUUUUUUGGUCUUUGAAUCAAUCAGAAGCCAUCUCAAAUUUCAACUAGAGAUGUACCUGACCAAGCUAUCUGAUAUUAUUAUAUCAGAAUCUCCCAGAGUUAUGUAUGAAACCAGAGAGAUAGCAUUAGAUGCCAUUGUACAGUUGUUCAAGAUUCCAGGCAUGGUGACAGAAUUGUUUAUUAACUAUGACUGUGAUUUAUACUGCUCUAAUCUGUUUGAAGAUACUACAAAGUUGUUGUCUAAGAAUGCAUUCCCAGUACAAGGACUAUUCUCGACCCAUUUACUGUCAUUAGAUGCUCUGCUGUCUAUAAUAGAUUGUAUAGAACCUCAUUGUUAUAACAGAAUAUUGGCUAAACAGAAGACUGAUACUGCAUUGAAAGAAAGCCAGUCAUCUACAGAAUCAGAAGUUAACACUGAAGGAUCCACAUCAAAACAAGAUUCAAAACUGAGUAAAGAAAUAAAUGUAAAGAAGAACCAGAGUGUUAGACAGAACAGAAUGAAAGUAACAGAAGAAAAAGUACCUACUUCAGAUGAGAUAGCAUCUACAAGGCAUAAAAAGAAGGUAUAUUAUGAAGGAACAAAACAAUUUAAUGUCAAGCCUGCCAAAGGUAUUCAGUAUUUACAAGAACAAGGAUAUCUUAAAUCUCCACUGGAUCCUAAUGAAGUUGUGAUCUUCCUGAAAGAGAACCCACGCUUAGAUAAAGCACAGAUUGGAGAAUAUAUCAGUCGAAAGACUAAUGGAGAAGUCCUCAAAGCUUUUGUCACGUCAUUCCACUUUGAAGAUUUGCGACUUGAUGAAGCAUUAAGGUUGUAUCUAGAGGCAUUCCGACUCCCAGGAGAAGCUCCUGUUAUAUCUUAUUUAAUAGAACACUUUUCAGAACAUUGGUCGAGAAGUAAUGGAGAACCAUUUGCUAACUAUGAUGCAGCCUUUACUUUAACCUAUGCCAUUAUUAUGUUGAAUGUUGAUCAACAUAAUCAUAAUGCCAAGAAACAAAAUAUACCUAUGACAAAUGUGGAAUUUAAAAAGAAUGUGAACAAAUGUAAUGGCGGUCAAGAUUUUGACCAAGACAUGUUGGAGGAGAUUUAUAAUGCAAUAAGGAAUGAUGAAAUUGUCAUGCCGUCGGAGCACACUGGAUUGGUUAAAGAAAAUUAUAUGUGGAAGGUAUUAUUGCGGAGAGGAGGAACCAAAGAUGGCACAUUUAUACAUGCUCCACCUGGUUCCUUUGACCAUGAACUAUUUAACUUGACCUGGGGGUCAACAGUAGCUGCUUUGUCAUUUGUGUUUGACAAGAGCAGUGAAGAAGCCAUUAUUCAGAAGUCCAUCACUGGAUUCAGGAAAUGUGCCAUGAUUGCAGCUUACUAUGGAAUGAGUGAUGUUUUUGAUAAUCUUGUUAUUUCCUUAUGUAAAUUUACAACCUUACUUAGUGCCCAUGAGAAUCCUGAGAGUAUAUCUGUGUCAUUUGGAGGUAAUAUGAAAGCUAAGCUAGCAGCACAGACUGUGUUCCAAUUGACUCACAGACAUGGGGAUAUACUGAGAGAGGGAUGGAAGAAUAUACUGGACUGUAUGAUACAAUUGUUUAGAGCCAAAUUGUUACCUAAAUCAUUAAUUGAGGUUGAGGAUUUCAUAGACACAUCAGGGAAAAUAUCAAUAAUUAGAGAGGAUAACACAACAGCACAAAGAUCAGAGAGUGGAGUAUUGAGUAGUUUUUACUCCUACUUCUCCAUGUCAGAAACAGCUAGUACUAAAGGUCCAACCCCAGAGGAGCAGGAGGCCACAAGAUUUGCCCAAGAAUGUAUUGAAGAAUGUAACCUAGAAAACCUCAUCACUGAUAGUAGAUUUUUACGUGAAGAAUCGUUACAGGAACUUGUCAAGGCAUUGAUUGUACAGUCACAAGGUCCAGAGGCUCAUGUUUCAUCAGAAACUGCUUUUGAUGAAGAUGCUGCUGUAUUCUUCCUAGAGUUUCUUAUAAAGGUUGUUUUACAAAACAGGGAUAGAGUAAAUUUAGUGUGGCAAGGAGUAAGAGACCAUAUAUAUAAUCUAGUAGUAAAUGCCAGUGAACAUACAUUCUUAGUGGAAAGAGCUGUGGUAGGGUUGUUACGAUUAGCCAUAAGACUAUUGAGACGUGAAGAAGUAGCUCCACAGGUUCUGACGUCAUUACGGAUUACUUUAAUGAUGAAACCAUCUGUGAUUCAUUGUAUAACGAGACAUAUUGCAUUUGGAUUACAUGAUUUGUUACGGACUAAUGCAGCAAAUAUACACACUGGACAAGACUGGUUUACUUUGUUUACAUUGUUAGAGGUUGUUGGGGCAGGGGCUAACCCUCCCCCUAUUUUACAAGUGUGUUCAGGUGUGGAAAUGUCUGAAGCAAUAUCUGAUGCAGGAGCACAGAGUGACAGUGAAGUGACCAGUGUUAGUACAUCAGAUGGUUAUGAUAGAGGAUAUAAUUCUGAUGGAGAUUUGUAUGAAUCCCAGUCAAAGGCUCAUAGGUGUCCUUCACCUCUAGAAGUCAGACCAGUACCAGAAAAUGGCAGUUGGUUACUUGUAAAUAGAGAGAACAUUUCCACUAGUAAAGAAGAGCAACCAAGAAAAAGUAGCUUAACAACAAAUCAAUAUACAAUAGAAUUAAAUGAAGAACUAUAUUACUGUGAUAGUAAAUCUCUAUUGAAAUCAUCAGAAACAUUAUCAUUUCUGGUACGAGAUGCUGCUCACAUUACACCAUUAAACUUUGAAAGCUGUGUUCAUGCAAUAAGAUCAUUUGUGGAAACUAGCCUAAAUGGGGGUCGACAGAGAAUCCUUUUACCAGAAAAGAAGCCAAAACUGACAAAAAAUCAGCACAAAAAAUCAAAACAUAAAAUGAAAAAAUCCAAUUCUUCACCAAGUCGUUUACAUCAGAAUAUAAAUGUAUCUGAUGAAGAAGGGGAGGUAGAAGGAACUGCGGCAGGAAUACAUUCUUUAUCUAUACAGCUAUUAGAUUUAAUGCACACACUCCAUACAAGAGCAGCUUCUAUAUAUAAAUCAUGGGCAGAAGAAGAUAAAGUUUAUCAAGAUCCAAAUGAUUCAAUAGAUGCUGGUACUAAUGCAAUUUGGGUAAAAUGUUGGUGCCCAUUACUGCAAGGAAUUGCCAGAUUAUGCUGUGAUGUGAGACGACAAGUAAGAAGCCAAGCACUGACUUACUUGCAGAGGGCAUUGCUGGUUCAUGACCUUCAGACAUUAUCUGCUGCAGAAUGGGAAUCAUGCUUUAACAAAGUGCUGUUUCCAUUGUUAACCAAAUUGUUGGAAAAUAUAAAUAUACAGGACCCCACUGGUAUGGAAGAAACCAGAAUGAGAGCUUCAGCCCUCCUCACUAAAGUUUUCCUACAGCACCUGACACCAUUACUCUCACUGAGUACGUUUACAGCUUUGUGGUUAACUAUAUUAGAAUUUAUGGACAAGUACAUGCAUGCUGACAAUAGUGAUUUACUGGCUGAAGCUAUUCCUGAGUCCUUGAAGAAUAUGUUACUAGUGAUGGAUACAGCAGGUAUCUUCCAGACAUCUCAUGGUUCUGAAUCAACGUUAUGGAAGCUCAGCUGGGACAGAAUUGAUACAUUUCUUCCUAAUCUCAGAAAUGAUGUUUUUAAGCCUACAGUUAGAGAAGUAAAACCCACUCCUACCUUAGUACCCCCAACACCAGAGAUUACACAGAAUACCCCUUCAGUACCUCAGGCUCCUGAAAUGCAUUAUCCCCAUGAAAUGGAGGAAGAGGAAGAGGAACAUUUAGAGGGUGUGACAGUCGUCAAAGAUGUUAAUGAGUACCUUGGAAAUUAUUCUAGUCACCCAAAGGUCCACUCCCCUACACAUCCUCAAUCCCCGCCCUCUUAUCUGUUACAAACCCAUCCCUCUCACAUUUUGACAAUGGAAUCUGAUUCUGGAAUUCAAAUGGGGAACAAUUGUGUACCUUUACUACUGAACCCAGAUGUGAUUGAUACCUCGGCAGUACCAUAUAUCUCAUCGCCACAAAUUGGAAUACCUGUUUGGAUUCAAGGUCGCUUCCCUGUAGCUAAAAUAUUGAAAAGUAGAGGAGAAGGGAUGAACGACCAGCUAACACAGAUAGUAACAGAAAACCCGUGAUAUUAUCGCACACCUCUCCCAAGCUUGUGUACCCAGUUAAAACAGUAUGAUCUACCGGUACAAGGAUAGUUAACAGACAUUGACAGUCACAAUUAACAUUAUACUGUGAUUUUAACAUGUGUUAUUAUACUACACAUAAUGUAAAUAACUUGUAAAGUGCUGUAAAUAGCCGUAUGGUGUAUUUUACUAUUGGUAGUGUUUAUGUUAUUUCUUCUAUUGAAGAGAGAAAUGUUGCUUUAUUCUGAUUUCUUGUUUGUUUAUGUAUUAUUAGAAAUAAUAUAUUUAUAUUUAUGACUGAUAUGUUAAGUUUUUAUGAUUAAUGAUAUCAUAUCAUAUUUCAAAAAGUUCUGUCUUACAAUUAUAAUUUGUUAACGCUGUAAGCAACAUGUAUAUAAAUAAAUUUAAUGUUGUGCCAAAGUUGGAAAGAAAAACAAUUUUUGAAAUCUUUUCUUCAUACUCUUGGAUCAGAAAAGUAAGCAUAGCAUAUAUCAAUGCAGUAGUCGUACCUUUAUACAUAUAAUCAUGACUGUUAACAGAAGCAUGGUUAUGAAAGGUUGUGUUUUGCUAAGCAUGAAAUAAUUUUCGAAGUGUUGCCAACAUAUUCUUCAUCACAAUAAUAACAAUAUCAGGGACUUAUUUAAGUGACAAUGUCAUAUGGUUUUUGCUCAUUAUUGAAGGUCAUAAUUUGAUCUAUAGUUGUUCAUUUCCUGUGUCAAUUGGUCUCCUGUGGAAUGUUGUCUCAUUGGUUAUCUUCUAUAAUGAUCUUUUCAUAGCUUUAUAAAUGAAAUGACUACAAUUUUAAUGCCGUUAUAAAUAUUGGAAAACAUUUUUAUUUGCUUUCUCAAGUUUUUGCAUAUAUUUUGUGAUCUCAAAUACUGAAAAUGUACUACAAUUUUUUCUUUGUAGAUCAUUAUUUAUGAAUGUUUAGUGAUAGUUCCAAUGUUAGCUACAUUUUGACUCAUGGUAAAUAUGAACACUAUGAGUCUUAUAGAGGACCAUUUAUUAAACCAAUACCUAACUUGCAUUUAAUACAAAUUAUAUCUUUAUGAAGGCAAUAGCAGUUGUUACAAUAAAAUAGUCAUGUGUGCAUAUAGUAGGCGUUUUAAAGCAAGAAUUGACAGCAGAAUUCACAGGUGAAAGUUGUUAAUGUUGGUAUUCAGGGAAAAAAAUGGACAUCUCUCUUUUUACUUUACACCAAAAUGUUUGCAUAGUAUAUGCCAAGAGUUGUGUUGUAUUCUAUUAUAUAGACAAAGUAAGGCUCUAACACAUAUACUCUCCAGUUGAAUGCAUUUGAUAGUAGAAACAUUUGCUGCACAGUAUUUUAAUGGGUAGAUAUUUUAACAAUAUAUUGUACAGCCUGGCGUUUUUAUUCACUAUCUAUAUGUGUUGGUGUUAAACUGUUGUGCUUUCAUUGUAAAUGUAAUAUUCAAGUAUAUUACUAAUGUAAAUAUGUCAGAAUAUCUGUAUAUAUAUAUAAAAUGUAUAUGAAGUGACCAUUAUCUUGUAAAUUUAUUGUACUUUAUUUUUUUGUGUUUUAAUGAAGCUUAUAUACAGCUAUUUUGAUUCUGUUUUGGAGAUUUUCAAAACAUUUAUAUUACGAAAUUAGAAAUUAAAAAAAUGGAGAGUAAUUUGUUGAAGAAAUUUCACAGAACUAAAUUUUAAUGAAUUGUUCAUUAGCUCAUUUUCCAAUGAUUAAUAAUAUUAGUUAUUAUGACUUAAAAUAAUUUACAAAAAUGUAAUGCCCAACACUGUCACCAUUUUUAGUUGUUGUCAAUAAUGAAACUACUGUAAUCACCUUUAAUUUAAUACAUUUUGGGUAAUAUUUUUCAAAGCCUACACCAAUAGUGUGAUUGUUUAAUCUGUCUAAAGCAUGGCAUUUUUCAACCAAUGAGGGACGUUACUUUCGUUUUAGUGUACGCACAAUGAGAUUACUGGUAGUAAUUUAGAUUCUCAAAGUAUGAUUUAUAAAAUAGGCAGGUUAAGAAUAAAGCUGAAAUGUUUUAAUGUAUAUUAGAAUUUAGGACCAAUUGACAACCAUUUUAAAAUCCGUGAUAUUUUCAGAAUCAUUGCAACAGAAAUAGUAAUAUAUUUGUCUUUGGUGUAUACUGAUAUUGCGGCAUUGUUGUUCAUGGUAAAUAAGAAGAAGAAUAAGACUUGGUAAAUUUUGUUAUGGCUAUUAGAAAAAGGGCAUAUUAUUUCAUAUAUUUUAAUUUCAAUAUACAACAUCGCUAUGGAAGACUCUGCUUUAUACACAUAUGUGUCUCUUGCACUUUUGUUCUUCUACUGUAAACAGAAUUUUCAUUGAAACUGUAGUUGAUAAACAGAUUUGUUUUUGUCAAAGUUUUAGAAAUACAAUUUGCAAUAAUUUAGGAUAAUGAAAUGAUAUGAAAUGACAAAGGAGAAUAGUUACAACUUUUAGGUAAAAAACAUGUUGUAUCAUAUGUGUAUUUCACCAAGAUAUAAAUAUUAGAUUGUUUAUGAAGGCAGACAACUUGGAUAAUUAUAAAUAGUGUACACUGUUGUAAAAUGUACAUAGCAAAUAAUAUUUAUUUUGUAUAUCUGUGUCUUAUCUGUGAUUGGUCAAUGUUAUCCUAAACAGAAAUUAUCUGUUCCAUUAAAUAAAUGCAAAAUAUCA